GGUGCUCCUCUCAACUGAUAUUUUAUUUCGUUCUUCAGUCAACAAUGCUUGGCAGCUGAAGACAAAACUUUCUCCGUUACUUUAGUGGUCCCACAUACCGCAUUGUUGUCUGUCUGUUUUUCUCAUGUUUCACUACCAAUUCUAUUCUGUACAAGAGAUUCCUCCUAGCAAGCGUUCCUCCACUAAGACUUCUGCAGGCACCGCUCCAAGAGCAAAACUGGGUCGGUCCUCCACGGCCACGUCGAUGGCCAUUUCCGACAGUGUCGCACUACCAGCUUGCCACGCCACGUCGAGCUCGAGCCAAGGCACCGUGUCGAUUGAUGUUGCUGCCCUGUCCGCCACAGUGUCUGCCGUGGUAACAGAAGCCCUUAAGACCGCUCUCUCUUGGUAGGCUGAGCGACCUCUGCUGGAAAGUUGAGACACACUUGGUCAGUUAGCUUGUUCCACUUCAAUCUGAGCAGCCCACAUUCACUAGAUUUGACGCCAAGUGGCUGCUUAGCAUAGGUUAACUCGUCUUCGCUCUCUGUUGAUCCAUCCAGUUCUACCUCUUUCACAUUUGAGUGCCAUUUAUGUUGACAAAGGGUGGCUUGUCCGAAGAUCCCAGUUGUUUGGCCUUUUCUACAGUCCACCCACUAAUCAGCAGGUCGUCUACAUAUAGUUCGCGUUCGAUCUCAUCCACACACUCAGGGUGGUCAGCUCGACAAUGGUUAAGGUGAUGUUCGAUCAUUCCCCCAAGGAGGAAAGGCGAGGGUUCCGGGCCAAAGAGCGCCCUAAUGACUGUACGUGUAAAUUCGUAAAGGAUCUUCCUUUUCCAUCCUACGCGCUGAUACGCACUUGGAGGAACGUCUCACGGAUGUCGCCAGUGAGGGCGAAAGCAUGAAACCUGUCUCGCAAAAGUACUUUCCAUACUUGAUUUUGUAGUGGUGGUCCUACUUCAAGGCAGUCGUUUAAAGAAGGCGCUGAAUCAUGCGCUUUCGCCGAAGCGUCAUGUACGAUUCGCAUCUUCCUGGUUUCGGCGCUCUCCCUGACAACAGCUUUGUGGGGGAUGUAGAACUCUUGCCCAGUCGCAGCCAGUGGUGCUUCUUCUAUAAUUCCUUCUUGUAGUUGUUCUUUAAUGAUAGCAUCGUAGUUGUCUAGUUUUCCAGCCUUCUUCAGUCGUUUCACUAGACUUUUAAGUCGCCUCAUGCUCCCUGAUUUGUUCGUUGGUAAGGGAGGAUGAUCUCCCUUCCAGGGAAAGCCUGUCUCAUACCAUCCCUCAGGACUGCGCUUGAGCUGUUUGGGGAAUUCAGCAUAGACGACAUUCCGGUCUCCAUUAGGGGAGUCUUCAAGUCCAAGGACUUCAAUCCUGUACAGCUGUUCGUAGUCACUGGAUGCGCAAGAAACAUGCUGUCCAAGUCUGCUUCUGACCCAGGCGACAAAAUAGCCCACCCAAAACGGGUAUACUGGGCGACAGGCUCUCCUAUGGGUCCAGUGCGCUGUGCUUCUCGAGUUUUAAUCUUUGCGUAGUCACUUGCUCCUAGAAUCACACGAGCAGGAAGUAGACUCUUUCUGUCGGUAUCCUCCAUUUUUACCCCCUUCAGAUGCUGGUACCUGUGGAUCAUUUCCGUGUAGCUGAAGUUUUCUACAGAUAACAGUUCAGCGCGCUCAACUCUCGUAUCGUUCAGUGGAAUGGUGUGGUUUCCGUUAGUAUCACUCACGUUGACAUCAUAGAGCUCGUUCCGUUUAGUUACAACGCCCACGAUAGUUUGGAUACGUCGUGUGAGCGAACGUGUGGGAACUAGUUUCAGUAGGUCCAGCAAGUAACCUGAAGCCUACGAGACUGACUUCAAUAACUACUUUUCUUCGGUAGGUAAAAACCUUGCUUCACGCGUGCCUCGUUCAUCUCGCUAUUUUACCGAAUACUUGGCUCCCAAUUAUAAUCCAAGCUCUUUGUUCUUUGAUCCAGUUACGCCAGGGGAAAUUGAGCGUAAGAUACUUUUGAUCCCUAAAAAUAAAACUUACGGUCUCUACUCUUGUCCGAUUCGUAUUUUAACUGACGCAAGAUGCGUUAUUUCGGGACCUCUCUCCAUCAUCAUAAACAUAUCUGUGCAAAAGGGCAUCUUUCCAUCCAAACUGAAAAAAAAGCGAAAGUUGUUCCUGUGUUCAACAACGACGAUGAGACUGAGCCUGGUAAUUAUCGUCCGAUAUCAUUACUGUCUAUUUUCAAUCGGAUAUUUGAAAAAUUAAUGUACCACCGCCUCAAACCCUAUCUUGGUAAAAACGAUAUUCUAUUUAAGUCACAGUAUGGCUUCCGCGAAAAUUGAUAUCGUUAAUGUCAUACAAAACAAUAUGGACCAAAAACUUUUUACUUGCGGGAUCUUAAAAAAGGCCUUUGAUACCGUCGACCGUUUAAUCUUGCUUAGAAAAAUUAAUCAUUAUGGCAUUAGGGGAAUUAUCAAUGCCUGGUUUUGCCUCGUACCUUCUCGGUCGUUCACAAGUAACUGAAGUGGGUUUUAACUUAUCUACCGAAUGUAUGAUCUCAUGUGGUGUCCCAUAGGGGUCUGUGCUUGGUCCUCUGUUAUUCUUAAUCUAUAUUAAAGAUAUUCACCACUCUCCAGCAAAAUUGUCAUUCUAUCUCUUUGCUGAUGACACGAGCUUGUUGUAUGCUGACACUAAUUUGAAAUCUCUUGAAAAAACCGUCAAUAGCGAACUGCUCAAAGUCUCCGACUUGCACAAUGCAAAUAAGUUAACGCUCAAUGCUAAAAAGUCAAACUAUGUUAUCUUUCGGUUUGGAGCUAAACUUUGGAACGCAAUUCCUAACGAAUUUCGUCAACUCUCCAAAGGAGCAUUUAAAAAAAAAUUUCAUGACUUUUUACUCUCGAUAAUGGAAGCAGAGGACGAUUAUGUUGAAGUGCCCAUUCUCCUACAAAAAAUGGCAAAUUCUGCAUCCUCGACUCAAUGCACUAAUUAUCGAUAGGUUCUGUUAGUGGUAAAUUUGAUUGUAAUAUCAUUCUGUUAGACUAUAUAUUCUGUAACUUUAGCUUGUUUUUCUGUAAUUCUUAUUUAUCCACACAGUUUAUUUAGUUACUUUACAAUAUUAUCUGUUAUGACUGCUUUUUGCUAUUUGCGGGCGGAGAUGGCAAAAUGAUGUGUAUGAAAUAAAGUAUAGUGUGUGAAGGUGACUGAUCCGCCGGUGUCAAGGAAGAGCUCGGCAGGUUAUGCCAUUCACUUUCACUAAGAAAACAGGGUGGCAUACUUUCUCCCCGUUUAGAGACGCCGUUAGAGCCACUCCCCCGUUGUCGGUUUGCUGACCUCUUCCCUCUCCUUUAUCACAAAUUGAUGAAUGGUGUCUUUGUUUACAGUGAACACAUGUCCCACGACUGCGGCAUUGAGGUGCGUGGUGUUUGGAUCCCGUUCAGUCAAAACACAGCUUUUUGUUCUGCAAAAUCUGUCAGCGGUCGGCUGGCGAUGUGAUUUUAUCGCAUUCCCAAGACCUGUGUGUCACGCAAUCACAAUAAACGCACACUUGCCGUGCCGGAUCUUUCUCUUGCGAGUGAAAAGUUUUGACGCGAGGAAGACGUAAGGGCGGAGAUGUAUUGGACCAUUUCUAGAGAUUGAAUUUCCUUCCAUUCUUCGAAUAAAGCCUGUAGUAGUUCUCCGAAUCCCCAGUCUUGCCACCCCAUUUUGUUGCUCACUAGUUCGGCUUUAAUACCGGGCAACUUGUCAAGAACACCCCGAACCAUAGAUAAACAAUCCGACAGCUUGCUCAGUGUUUCCAGGGAUUGCACAUUAUUCUUUAAAGUUUGACAGAACUGGUGAAUCUUGCUUGGUUGGGAUCUGUGAACGGUCGGAAGGGCGUUGAUGUUAUCCACAUAUGCUCUUACAAUUUCACUCGUUUUCCCGUAAUUCGAUUUCAAUAUAUUUUCAGCUUGCUCUUAUCCCUCUAUGGUGAACGGAGCCUCAUGCCUAUCAUCUAGUUUCCGACGACAUAUUUGACAGACUUUAUUACCGGGCAAGGAGGGCGAGCGCGAGCAAACAGCAAGGUGAGAAAUCGUCUCUCAUAACAAUUUUAUUUUCAUCGACAUUUUUGUAUCAUUUUGCAAGCUUUGCCCGUUUGUAAUCCUUAUGCGCAAAUAAAUCUUCUAUCAGGCAAGGGGAAAACAGACCGAAAGAGCCGAACAGCUACAGCAUACUGAUAAUUUCGCCGAAGCUACAGCCGUAGAAAGAAACCACAAUCUUCUCCGUGCGUUCAUUGAAGUGAGCGCAGUGUAUCGAUUUUGUUAUAAAGCUAAUAUCAUAGGUGACGAAUUACUCUUUAACUUUGGCGCGAAAUUUCAGUGUUAAUUUGUAAUUUCACAUGUGAAAUUACAAAAUUGCUAUGGCAAUCCUUCCGUAUGUCUCAGUGUCAAGAUGGCGACGAAGUUUUAAAAUGCCGUGAAUGAAGAUGUCAGGGCACAAAAAGACGCUUUAGCAAACCUAACCACACAAGAGAAUAUCAAGAAGGAUUCUAACAGGUAUUUUGCCGAAAAAGUCUAAAAAAUUCUUAACUUUAUAGGCCAAAUUUAAGGUCUAAACAUUUGAGAGAGUGGAGCUCUCGAUCGAUACGAUCCAGGAUAAACAUGUCAAAAAUCCAAGAUUGCUAACGUAAUUCGUCACCCAUGAUAUUAAUAGGUAAUCAAGUGGUAUACUCGUGAAAUUAGGGAAUAAUUUCACUUGCGUUUUGUCCAGAUCCUAAUAAUUAUUAGGAUUGGACAAAAAGCGUGUGAAAUUAUUCCCUAAUUUCACUCGUCACCAUUUGAUUACACAUACUAACCUCACAGUUUUAAAAUCCUGUAUGAUGUUGUCUGGAUCUUCGAUAGUGGUUUUGUGUUUUGGUAGAGAUUUAUAACAAUUCAUUCCUUCACGUAAGUUUACAUAAAGAAUUGCAUACACAUAGCACAUACUAGCCUCCCCCGCAGGCGUUUUUAGGGGAGAUCGUAUUAAAUACGAUCUCCCCUAAAAACGCCUGCGGGGGAGGCUAAGCACACACUGCAUGCAAAUUAUUUUAAAGUCACGCUUUUAGUUUCCGCUCUGGCUUACGAAAAAUGUUUUGUUUCCAAAGGUUAUUUCUAUAUUCAAACUUAUUUACCUCUUCUGGUUUAAAAUGGAACAAACUCUUCGUCGACUGGACGUUUCUCGCUUCACCUCGGCUUCCGCUUCAGCAAGUUUCUCAGCCCUUUUCCCGCAGGGAGUUCUGUUACUUAGCUCAGACGAUCUCUUAAAUUCCAAGACACUUUCAACGGCUCAUAAAGGGAAAAUUAACAGGGGUAGACCCGGGUAGACCCCGAAAUGUACAAAGAAGAAAAGUUGAAGUAACAAGUUGACCGAAAUAAUCCAAUAAAACCGCUAACAGUAACCAGCAAUGAAUCCAAGAAGAACGACAAAAACAACACUCAAAUCAUUGUGGCGACUUGCACAUGACCGAGCAAUGCUCAAGAAAGCAAAACAUUUAAAAGUAACGUAACUACUAUCAAGAAUAAGUGUUCCAACAACUUUCCACGGCCUUAUAGUGUAGAAAUUGCCCACACAAGCUUGGAAUAAAGCGAAAAUUUCUCCAUACACACCUCUGAAAACGGCUCUUAGCAAGCGCGAAAAUCACUCAACAAACAAGAGGCAUUCAGGUCUCGCCUGCUUGGAGAUUAGAUCGAGAAACGAGGAGGCGAUUAAUUCUACAAGAAACAUGAUUUACUCGCCAAAGGCUUUUUACUUCCUACUUUUUCGACGUCGAUACUUUUUAUUUGUUUCUGAAUUGAUUUAGUAUGCCUGUUAGCGACGACCGGAAAUAUAGCCUGUGAACAGGCUCUCUGUCUGGGGAAAAAAAUAGCAAGGAAAGGGAAGGGAAGGGGGGAGAGAGCCUGUAGACACACGUUUGAGGCCGCUAUUCCGCCCUCUUGUAAUUAUCUUGCCGAACAUCUGUCAGCAAGAUCGUUAUCUGCCAAUCAAUUUCGCGCGUGAGUAACUCCUGGGAAAAUUAAGGGAAAACAUCCGUGUUUUGCUUCGUCUCAAAACAAAGUGAAAUGGACCGCGAGCCUAAUUGUCGAUUUUGAAAAAAAUCGUUGAUCUCCGGUAAGAGAAUUAAUACGGUGCCGGUCGUUGGCGUUUCAAGAAAUAAGACCUUGCUGGUUGACAGUGGCCAAGACAGCGUUGUACUAGCGCAAGCAUUUGAUUGCUCAAGAUUUCCUCUUGUGCAAGGAGAAAGCUUUUCCGAUUUAAGCUGCUUAACUUGUGCUCAUCGCGCCCUUCGUCUUGCUAGUUCAGUUUCUAAUUCAACAAGCCCCUGCAAUGAGCGAACUUGGAAUGCGAAAGGUACAGAUACUCUCAUGACUUCUCCAGAACGUGAACCUCCAAAGACAAGUACAAAGAAAUCAACAGCGCUUCGAUCGCCGACAGGAAUUACACCUUUGGGUAUUUAUCCCGCAUUUAUAGCAAUAAAAGAGGGCGGUAGGCCUACACGGCGUUUACCUCACGCCAAAAUGCUGCCUGUUCCCAUAAGUUUUUUCCUCUGCUCGGUAGAUUAUGCUCUGGAAGGUUCUACAUUUUCACUGAGCAAAUAUGGUUUUAGCCGCUGGUUUCACACUGAGAGGUCAUGGCAUACAUGUCGAUUUACUGUGGUUUUUGUCUCUGGUCGGCAGGAUUUGCCCUCUCUGAUGCAAGAGCAUUUUCUUUGACCUCUUUUGAAGCGUAAAGCUUUUUAUUGCGGCUGAAUAAGGGUCGUACUUUUCUCCAAAGUGCCCUCUGGAUCUGAAUAACUAAGCGAUUUUGUUUAGUCCGUAAAUGUAAUGUUUUUCUGAAAUGUUGUAUCACGCUGGGCCCAGGUCGUUAGUUUUCUUUGACGGAUAGUAACUUACAGAUCCAAAGUUAUAAGAUUCAAGUGCAGCUUAAACCGAAGCUACAUCAACUAUGGAGAAUUGCAUUUUGACUCGGUAAACUCCAGCCUAGUGUUUUUCUAUCCAUUAGAUAGUGUGAGUCUUUUGACUGGAGCGCGUAGUUCCUCCCUGGGUAAUAGCUUUUGAACAAGCUUAACAAUCUUUGGAGUGUUUUGUUAUUUCCAAACGCGUGUUACGUGCCGACCGAAAAACCGAUGUCAAUCAGACCUUUCAACAGUCAGUGUUCUCGCCAAUAAGAACUUGCAUCAGGAUCUGAUGCACAGCGGGUGCCGUGGAACGGCGGUCCCAAAGGCUUGUCCACAGGCCUUUUCGCUUUUCCCUCUCCCUAAUUCCCCGCUCGACCAAAGGCCUGUUCACAGGCUAAAUGACCUGCCUUUUGUGUCCCAAAAAAAGGACCAAAAAUUCCGGGGGGAUACUUCCAGAAAAAUUGUGGUGGGGGUGUGCUGCACGCUUCCCGAAACCCUUACCCUAUUUCACACCAAAAUCUGUGAUUUUUCCUACCUUAUUUCAGAUCUAAUCAAAAAUUUGAUACCCAGACCUGAAGCCCUGGAGCCUGGCGCGUGACCGGAGCGUGCGACAAGCUGUUACGGUACGUACACGGUAGUUGCCGUAAACAUUAAAAGGGAAAUGGUCUUAUCGCCAAAUGAUGAAGAAGUAGCUAAUUCUUCUGAAAAACGUACCCAAUUCAAGACUAGAGUGCACAAACCGUACCCUAUUUCAGACCAAAAUGGUCGAAUUCGGACCAAAACGGCUAAAAAAACCAUAAAACCUUUUGGCGCGGCACAUACCUACAUAGCCUAUAUAAGGGACUGCCCCCCCGGGGCGAAAAACGCGUUGCAGAUUAUGAAUCUCGCUGCUUAUGCAAGCGAGACUAAUAACGCAUUCCGAUUGGUUGAAUCUCGUGACGCACAUCGCCUGAAAGGUGUCUUUUGUUCUCGUCGCCAGCUUUUGUUUCAGAUCUUAUCUAAGAGUUCCAAAAAAAGAAGAUUUUUAACAGCGAGACAUACAAAGCUAGCUUCAACCCAUGAGUUUGAUGUCAUUAUUGUUGAACUGCAAACCAGUCAUGAAUAUUGCCUUCAAUUUGCAGACCACCUUUCUCCUAAUUAUGUUAUGUAAGUAUCAUUCUCAAUUACUCUUAUGAAAAUUUUUCAUGCAAUUUUAGUUUCUUUAAAGGAGGAUACAUAUUAAAUUAUUAUUAUUUAAGUUUCAUCUUCAUGGUUCGUUAAUCUGAAAAGUACGAGAGGAAAAACAAUUGGGUGGAGGAAUCUUAUUUCUCCAAAGGUUGGCUGCUAAUAACAUCCUUUCACAAUCCUAGACUAUGUUAAUUCCAAUUCAGUCCAAGCAAUAUAUUUUAUGUUUUCGAAAAUUAAAGUCAAUCGGAUAACAUUUUACGUAACUAAAGAUUACAUUGAAUUAAACUGAAAAUACUGCUACACACCGAAAUUUUUAAAGUGAAGACUUGCAGUCUAAGUUUGAGGAAAACACUUCUUCCGUCGUGAAUGGUUUUACGUAGCCUAGACUGAAACCAGUUUCGCAAAGUAUAUUAUACAAGAUAGCUCGUGAUUUAUCAUGAGUGCGACCCUGCGAGCGCUAUAGGAGAAGAAGGCCAGUCUAAACGCUUCAGGAUCAUGCUGCGAGAGUACAAGCUAGAUUACUGAGCAUUAAGUUGAACUGAUUGCGAACUUUCAAAAGAUUGAGGUUUUUUAGACUGCUCCUAACUAAGACCAGUUGCUGUUAGGGCUGAAAAACAACUUACAUAGCUAGGACAAUUAAUAGUUAUACUUAUUGUCCGGAGGCAUGAAAGCUUAAGUAUUGAAAAAUUUCGACUGACUUCGUGACAAGGUGAUUUAUAUUACACUUGCAUUUACCUAAGGUGAUAAAAUGCCUUCUUUGAAGUAAUCAGUUUCGUAUUCAGUUUCAGCGUUUGUCAAAGCCCACGGAUUAGCUUUUGAUUCUGAGCCAAACAUUACUACGAUAGCAGCGACAGGAUCAAACCAAACAUUCACCUGGAAGCUGUCCCUCAGAGAGAAAGAUAAGUCAAAGCAGUUACAAGUUCAGUUUGGUCCUUGGGAUCGGAAAUACAAAAUAGUGAAGUCAUUUUUCAUGACUGUUAAACAAGAACCAUCUGAAGAAAAUGAAACUGUGGCUAGAGCAAAUCAAUCGACUGCGAGGCGUUUGCAUUGGAAAGGAGACUUGUCUCGUGACUACUAUAUCGCUUUUAAACUUGUCAAUAUUCAGCGCAAAGAUGCUGGAGAUUAUGGAAUGAGGCUCCGUGUUGACCAUUUCCCUCCCACCAUCUUACAGAACUGGUUCUCUCUUAUUGUUCAAGUAAGAAGAAUUUUUUUUUUUCAGACAGACAAUGGAAAGAUUCCCCCCCCCCCCCCACCUUGUCUGCGGUCCUAUAAUCAAUUUUGCGAUUGCUUUUUUGUCGAAUAUCGCUAUUGAAACUGGACAUCAUUUAUUAAGGUUUCCGAUUUUGCUCCGAUGGUCUCCCGGUUAUCCUUGACCAUAUGGGUCACCAAAGAUGGCGAGUUUGUAUUUAUACAUGACGUGAUGACGUUAUAUAUGUCGCCUUAAGUGUCAAAUACAGAAAUAUCAACCCGUGUAAAAAUUUGCAUUCUUUAUUUCUUAACUUUCGAUCCUAUACGAAACUGUUGAAUAACGCAACGUACAUCAAUGACUAAGCUGGACUUUUUUACGAUUAAAGAGUGAGGUUGAAGUGCACCUCGCUAACUCUCUCCAUAGUGUCAAGUAACAAAGAAAUUUUUGCGUUUAACUUGCCCAUCAGUCAGCAAAGGACAAAACCAAGAUUAUGGUUUUUGAUUAAAGUGCUGAGAAUUUUGUAACGAAUUAGCCACAUACACUGAGAACUUUGACUGGCGAACCUGCGAUGGAUUGAUCACAUCAUUACAAGGGCACCCAACGAGAAUAUAGUUCAAAACCACUUAAACAUAGCAAUGUUGAACGUAUUUUAGUAUUUAAACGGUAGAUAUAUGCAUAUUUUUAUCCCCUAAAAAUUUUUCAUCUGUUCGGAUUUCCUAGCUGAAAGUCUAGUGAUCCGAAAAUUAUAGGGAUCAAAACUUACCUUCUCGAAAAUUUCAGCCAGAAAAAAGGCUCCCGAAAAUUCUAGGUGACCUUUUUAGGGUAAAAAUCCGUUAAAAAUGGGCAAUCAUAUCAUUUUUGGGGGGGUUCGAAAAUCCUAGGAGAGGCAAGCAAGCAAGAAAUCUAACAACAAAUGUUCCGAAAAUUCUACAUCUCAAAUCAUCUUCCGAACAGAUAUUUUCCAAAAAUUGUCGUUGGGUGCCCUUGAUCAUUAGUCAUUUUAAUUUAUAGCUCAUAUUUGAAACACAUUAGACCUAACUACUGUUCCUCUUUUCGUCCUAGGAUCCAACGCCCACGCCGUAUAUUGGUAAGUUUUUAUAACACCUAAUUUAGAAUUGAUAUUACGGACUACAUAUACUUGCGUGGUUUUCUGUAGUAAUAAGUCCUGUCACGUAAUUGUGUUUAAAUUACUCUAUCUAUCAAAGGUCAUCACAACACAGUCAGUACCCUAGAAUGUUCUUAUGGAUGUACCACUUCUCUUUAAGCGGCCUUAUAUAAUAUGGCCCAGCCACAAUUCAGUCUAUAAGCGCCAUCCCAAAAUAGUGAUGUUAAAUGAAAGUUAGAGGCGCGCCUUAGAUCGAGAACUAUGAGGAAGGACCUGCUUGUGGGCAGAACACACACACACACACACACACACACACAAGGUGAGAUGUUCAAUUGAUCUUUAACCUCCAGAUACUCGACACAUAACUCUGGAUGUCAUUGAAGGGGAUGACGUGAACAUCACUUGUCGUACCAGCGUGGAAGCGAGAUCAUAUGUGAUGUGGUUUAAAGACAAAGUUCCCAUUUAUGCAGAGCAAAGCAAGUUUUUAUCUCUUACAAAUGUGAACAGAUUACAGGGAGGGAACUACUCUUGCGUAUCUAUAAACCAGGCUGGAAAUACUACGUCGCCCAUCACAACUAUUAAUGUGCUCUGUGAGUACUGAAACAAACAGUAAGACUAAUAUUUAAAAGCUGUUUCAUUCUUCAGGGGCGUGCGUUUAUCGAGUUGACGAUUUACGCGUUUAUGCAUCAGUGCGGCAGUUCCAGCUGCGCUCAUCCCCCUCCCACCGGGCUACUGCGGGGUAUUUGCCCGCCUUUUCAGUCCAGGGGGUAGAGCAUUUGCCAAUUUUGCGCUGCCCGGGGGCUGGGCAUUCGCCAAACCCGGGGCUAUUCCAGAGCUUUUGACACGCACGCGAUUUCCUGUCAGAAUAUACGAACUACAAAGAGGAUAUCACUACAAAAAAAGCAGAUUGGCUCAUCUGUCAAGGACAGGGGGUUGUAAAGGCAUGUUCUCAAUUUUAGGCAUGCAUUUCUUCAUUGUUUAUCAAGCCAGAAUUACAUAGCCUCCCACGCAGAGGUUCGCUGAGGUUCUGCGUGGGAGGCUAAGAAUUACAUAGCGAAACUCGGGAGCUAUCGACGUGAAUCAACGUUUUUUGGUUAGUGAAACAAAUUAGGCUGUUGAUAUUAUUUGAAGAACAUCCUUUCAUAUUUAUAAGCUAUUCAUAGCAUAUAGCUUCACAGCGCUCUAUUAAUUAAUUUUAAUGUCAAUAAUUUUAUACCAAUACUAAAACCAUAAACUGGUGCAUGUCGUCGCAGCGUGAAGUCUUAAUUAGAAUCCUAGCGCUAUUUCAAAGGAAGACGUUAGUUGAAACAAAAAAUCUUACAUUAAAAUGUUUAAAAUUGCACAAUUCGACUGUGCAAUCAAUGAAAAAUGUUGCAGUGUUGACGGAGGACGGGGCAUUUGCCCUCUUUUUUCGUCCACACCCCGGGGGAUUUGACAGCUUAAGAGUCCCCACCCCCGGGAAUUUGCCAUCCAAGACAAAAAAAUGCUAAUGCCCCGGCGGGGGUGGUUGGGCGCAGCUGGAAUUGACUGAUGAAUAAGUUUCAAGAGAAUAAGUAAGAGAAUGGCAGAAAUGCUAGAGGUGUACUCUCCAGGCAUCCCCUGUAAGUGCUUUCAUGCAUAAUUCGAUAUAUACUUAAAUAAAGCAUAGGCUAAUAGCUAACUACACUGUCAUGAUCCUUCAUGCCAAUUAAGCUUUUUCUACGGUCGGAGACUAAACCGUUACAAAAAGGCAAUUUCUAGCCCUAUAGCCUUAUAUUUUAAUUUUCUUUCUUUAAUUUCAUUCAUUUUCAAUGUUUGUUACCAAAUGUGGGAGGGAGUGGGGUGGGGGUGGGCGCUUAUUAACGUUUUCUGCGUUUAGAAUGGGCGCUUAUUCGAGGUGGGCGCUAACUCGAGGUUGGGCGCUUAUUCGAAUAAAUAUGAUACGUGCGCACGCAGUCUAGCGAUCCACGCUGGUAAGGGCUGCUUAAUUAGCCAGAGAGACCAAAAACUCACUUCGAUACCUUAAGAUGUUCUUUGGGUUAGAAGUACGCUUCAACGAGCUUCUUCGCGCAAGAAUGACGUUCGAGUAGUCCAACUGCCAGUGACUCGAAGCAUGAUUAUAUUCCCAGAUAUAAUAACGAUCCUAAAAUACCACUCCAUCAGUUGAACAUCAAACAUUGUAACAGGCUUUUACAACAAUAUUAGCCGACACACUUCGCUAUGAGGUGGGGAAAUUUAUAACAAAGAAAGAAAAAAAUUAGUUUCCGCCAUUAGACAUGUUAAAAAAUAUUUUUUUUUCGCGCUUUACUUCACGAAAUUACUUUUCUGUUGUCGCCAUCAUUCUAACCAAUCAGGGCGCGAAGAACAAAUGACGUAAAAACUUAGUUUUAACAAGUUGCUGACCUCUGAUUGGCUAAUUCAAAUUUCAGACACGAGUACUGUUCCCAGUACUGUUCCCAGGCCAGUGACGAAUGGUGAAAAAGACGUCAGUAAACAAAGCAAAACAAAAGGUGACUAUUAUUGUCUUUAGAUACUUCUUUUAGGGGGCGUGCGGGCUGGGGUCGGGGGAAGGGAGGGUGGAGGCAGCCCCUGCAGCUGUCAAACAUUUUGAAAUCUUUCCGGCAAAAAGCACAUGAUUCGGGCAGUAGCACUUGGGAUACAACUAAAAAGAAGCAAACCAAAAAAAGAACAAAAAACAACGACUGUCGUUGCCAAAUUGAAUGCUCUCAUGCCAAAUCAAGGAAUGCGGUGUCGAUCAACUGGUGAUCCCAUUGGUUAAUGAAUGAUGUUGAAAAACCUUUCCCGUGGCGUCCAUACUGAGUUAGAAUCAUGGAGAACUCUUGAUAUACCCAUUCACACCAACUGAAUAUACAGUGGAACCCCGUUAAGGCCACCACCGUUGGACCAUAAAAUCCUGGUCGUAAUAACGAGGUGGUCGCAUUAACGGGGUCUUCAAAAUAAUAAAAUGAGUCAAUGUUUUGUACUUUUGGUUUGAAAGAAUAUGGCCGUAAUAACGAGGUGGUCUUAUAAACGGGGUGGUCGUAAGGCGGGGUUCCACUAUAUUUAAUCAAACCGGGUUUGAAUGAAAAACAGACACGGAACGCUGGAACACAGGUUUUUACAUAGUAUUAUGCAACUCACUUCUUUGGUCACAGAAACUUUUGUCAUCAGCAUUUUACCCAUUAAAAUAUUGCACACAAAACCGUACGGGACCGAAUGGUAUGGGAGUCUUUUGUGCGAUACAUUCCGGAGCUCGCCGCAGGAUGACGACCAAGGUGAACGCGAUAAAGAGGUGGCUCUCACACAGAUUAGAGUUUUUAACUUGUGGAUUACGUGUAGCGUAAGGAACAAGUUACUGUGGGCACUGCAAUAUGCAAAUGUGUCACCCAGAUGUAGACAGCGCCCGAUAUCAGAACGACAACUGUCGCGGGUAUUCGUUGCCGUUCCGCGAUGUGCUGAUUUUGUACAUUUCACAGGAGGCACAGGACGAUUGUCUUCAUGUGGACUUUGAAUGUUUCAAAUUAGCACUAUGGCCAACUUUGAGACAAGUUUAUGAACUUUUGAAGCUUUUUGACUCGUCCAGGCGAUAAAAAUGACGAAAAGAUCAGCAAUUUCGCGACUGAGCUGGUCGAAGCUCACGAUUCUGCCGUGAGUCUCACGUUUUUUUAAUUUUUCUCACGACAAGACUCCCAAUCUCGUGGUUGUUAGUGAAAUAUCAUGCUGAAAUGAAAUGUUUCUUUGUUCAAUAACAACGGAAAUGUUUACUGUUGCUGAAUCGUAAGUGAUUCUCCUCAUGUAAACGCCGAGUGAAUCGUAAGCUGCAGGAGACUACGCGACGGUUUUGCGAGACACAGUCUUCAAUAUUUAUCGAAAUCUGUACCCGUUUGGGCAUAUCUCUUUCUACUUUUUUUCUUCACAGGUUUUAAAGUUAUCAAUGUUCUCAUUCCCUUGCUGGUCAUUUUCCUCCUAUUUGUCCUGAUUAUUGUCGUGUUCAUUUGUUUGAAGAAGUAAGUUUCAGCCAUUCCACCUUAUCCACAUUAUGGUACUCGAACUGGUAGCAGAAGUGGUACCAGUGUCAGUACCCUGGGGUCUCAUUUCUCUAUUGUUUUUAGACACAAAAAAAUGAGCACACUUAUAAGAUCUUAUAAAUUACACGUUUAAACGUUUAUUAAAUUGGCCCCAGGUAACCACAAGACUUGAAAAGCUGUUUUACGUCUGCUUUGUUGACAUUAAAAAUCGACCUUUAAAUAGCUUUGCAGGUAAUAUGAUAAAACUUUCAGUCAGUAACCGAAAACAAAAUGGUGUUGUUUGCUAUCUAGGAACCUCCUUUCUUUCCUUUAACUUUGAUUUUUAUAUCUCUUAAGGAUAUUUGGCGUCAGAUCAGAAAAGCUACCUUGACUAUCAAUAAGGAGUCUUCUCAGUAAUGUAGCAACACCAACUACAUAAAAAAUACUAAUAGCUCAAAUCGUUUAAUCAGCAUGUAAACCUGCAGGUUGUUUACUUCAUAGCUUCAUAGUUAUUGGACAAUUUACUCACUUUUUCUUUCUUCCAUGCAGGAGGAAAAUCAAAAGGGAAAAACUACUCGAUGGCACUGAAAAGUAAGUAAAAGUAUGUCAUAACCAUCAGGGGCCUACCUAUUCUCUUAUUACAAAAAAUCGGGAAAUGAAAGUGACGCGACAAUAAGUGUCGCGAUCAUAAAAUGACGCGAAAAUUAAGUGAAUUAAGUGAGUCACAUUAUGUCAAUAAUCACGAAAGAACGAGUUUAUUAACACGGAAACGUUUACAAAAUCACAUUUUUUACUAAAUGUUUAUUUUUUCUUUGUUCAUAGUCUGUAGGAAGGAAUUUUCAGUGUAACUGGAUUUUGUGGUCAAUUGAGGCCUGUUUCAAACGUAGUGUAGUGUUAAGCUGGCUCGACUGUAGCCCGAAGCUACAGCUCGACACUAGCACGACUUGAUAAAGAAACGAUUCAGCAAACCUUUAAAUGUAUUUUAAUGUGUUCAUAAUUUAUGAAUUGUGUUUGGCACGGCAGUAGCGCGACGUUUAAAACCAGCAUAGGCGUACGGGCCGGGGGGGCGAGGGGGGCUGCAGCCCCCCCAAAUUUUGGGCAACUCAGAUUUUUUGGGCAGCAAGAGAAAAUUUGGGCAAAGCCAACUUUUAAAGACGUUUCUUGUUUUUUAUGAGUAUUUUUGAGAGAUAAAUAUUUUCUAUUUUAACCUGAAGUCGGCGUAAUAAUCAAGUUACAUUCACUCGAGACAAUGGUUGCCAAGCACGUGAUUAGUUUCUGUUUAUAAGGGAAGGGUUUUUUUUUUAUCGUUGGGCACUGGACUGCAAUGGGCUAUUUCCAAUCGGGAAUUGAUUAGAAUAAACUUCCGCCUAACUUUCUAGGAUCAUCUUCGCUCGUAGAACAGUUUAUGGCAGAUAGGAUCAGCGAUUGAUCUGAAAGUGAAGAAGUGGCUGACUAAUUCUCACUUUGAAUUACGAGAAGAAUCUUAAUGUUUUUUAAAAAAUCUAUCAAGUGGUUCAAAUUAUUCACUAAUUUGUUAAAGUAGACCGAAAUGUUUACAAAACCGCUAACAAGAGCGCCAUGAUACAUACUAAUGAAAUCCUUCUUUGUAGCAAUUUUGAAAUAUCACUCGUGAUAUUUAUGCCAAAUAUCACUACAAAUCAUGCUAUUACCUAUACAAUGUACAAAUAACUCACACACAUUUUUAAAAAGAUUGAACCUACUAUGAGGUGAAAUUGCAUGUCAAAAGCGCUUCGUUUUCUACUGAUAGCGGCCAAACAACAAGAUUUUCCUUGUUUUACUGUAUUUCUAACGAUAAAAACUUUAUCCCAAACUAUCCCGAUAACGCUCUUACAGACUCCGUUUUAACUUCACAAACACCGAGGCGACUAUUGGAGGAAAAAGCUCCCGAGAACGAUUUCAUAUUGAGAAAUAAUGCUGCAAGUAUAAUAGGUAAUGGCGUCAUUUCGUUGCUAUGACAACUCCGAUGUCAUUGCAACCCUGAUCAUGACAAAUUUUCAUCUUUAUCUAAUACAACUGUGGUGGCAAUUUUUCCAAAUGUUUGUUUAUGGCAACGUAUAGUUUAUGCUCAAACUUGGCAGGUAUAUAUUGACCAUGAAAAACUGUAUUGCGGCACUUUCGUAUGCCAGUACGGCCUAUGUUGUUGCAUCGUAUGACCCUUGUUUCUUCUCGACUGUUUUGUAAAAAUUUGGCAACUUGCAAGAAUUUUUUGGGCAAAUGGUUUACCGCCCCACCCCCGGCCGAAAAUUGCCCGUACGCCUAUGAAAACCAGGUUGAGCUACUACCGGGUAGCACGGCAAAGCUUGCCUUGCUACACGGCAGUAGCACGACUUGGUUUCAAACGUCGCGCCACUGCCGUACUAAAGUCGAAUUUAAUUCGAUCAAUUUAGUUCGGCACGGCAGUAGCACAAGUUUGAAACGGGCCUGACUAAAUAACAACAAGAAUCGCCGAAAGGCGAUUUUUAACUGGGCUGCAAAGGGGCUAUUUUUUCUGAGGGGAGGGGGCGGCUAUACACAUUCAGGCUACCAUAAAACCUUGUCGGCAACCAUUGCAUGCGACAGAAUCUCAUGUGAGACUGAAACAUAAACUCAUUCAGAACAUUGUACCCUUUUGAAAGACUUUCGUAACCCAAAAAAGAGUACCAUUUUUAAUUGGGGGCUGUAUAAUAGCUUUUAAAUUCCACCAUUAUGAAUAAAAAUAAACAAGUUAGUCAUUAAUUGUAAGCAGGAAACAAUUUGCAUUAUUUCCACGCACCCUUCCCCCAAUCCCUCUGUGCCCCAAAAUAUAGCGUGACAGUAUAACGUGACUAAUUUGACGCAACCGGAAAUUCCAAAAAUUGUUGUCCUUCUACGAGCAUAAAAUGCGACAGACUGAGCUGAUUUACACUAGACAGAAAUAUUGUAUUGUAUGAAAACCAGAAGUACACUAAAACAGACAGUUAACUGUUCAUUGAUCCCACCUGAUCCAGGGGCCUCACUGACUGCACGGAGACUUUACUGCGCUUUUCACAAACAUGCGAACUCUUAAGUUCACAAGCCACCUUCAAAAUUGUGUUUAUCGCUUCCGUCAAUCAUAAUUACGAUCACAAGCAACGAAUCUUGAAACAGAGAAACACACAAAACGGAUCGAAAUCCACAAAUCACAAACCAUGUCCUUUUGAACCGGUGAAGUAAAGUUUCGUUUCCUAAGAGGUCCGUUAAGAUGAUUGACAGCAGCGAAAAAUGCAAUCGUCAGUUGGGUUCUGAACUUCAGAAUUCGCAUGUUUGUGAAAAAUGCGAUCCUAAUUUGCGGUCCACAGUCUACAUGAAAACGCACUAUUUUUUCCACAAGAUGAAAAAUAUUCAGUUUUAAAAUUUUCCUCAUAGUAUUUUUCUCUAACUUAAAGGAAUAAAAUCCUUUGCAUUUUGAGACCUAAAAAAGUUUAAAGAUUUCUCGCUCGCAUGUUGCGUUCAUAAGCACGCACUUCAAACAAUGUAAAUAGAUGAAACGAUCGAUAACAUAUUUUUUACCUGAUACCGAUGAAAAAAUUCGCUCCAGUUCUGUUUGUCUCACUCAAGACCAACUUUUCUUCAUGGAAGAUAACUAUGCCGCUUUAUUACUUGUCCGAAGUUUUUGUGCCAGCUAAACAAUAUGGAAACACUAUUCACAGUGACUCCUUUGAUAUUAAAAAGACUGAACGUGACGCACUAUUAUGCCUUUGUUUACUUCUGAUCACAUCUUCAAGCGAAGUCUCUCUUUUCAAGCGAUUCAUCUCAUUGCACAAUAAUUGACCCUUAUGUUAGUUAAAAUCCUAUGGUUCAUUUAUAUUAAUGCUGUUUUUGCCCCUCACAUUGAUUGUGUUCGUUCGUAUUCAAAACACCUUUACGAAAAUAAAGGUCGUAUAAGUCAUGUGUGUUAUGUUUCGAGAUAAACGGAUUAUACGCUUUUUUAAGUUUCCAUUUUGCGGUGACUUGAGUUUACAUCUCCAUAAAAUGGUAAAAGAAAUAUCAAGAAACAUCACGAGAGCUGAAAAUUUUCAAAGGCAUGUUCCUGAAACUCGCUAAUGCUGACAUCAAUAUAGCGUGCUUGCUGAAUGGGCGAAAACACAGAAUUGUGAUCACAAGAUCUUGUACAAAUUUAAUGAUAAAAGCUUAGCAAGAUACAGAUACAAACAAAAGCAAACCCCCUGAAACCUCGACGUGGGCUACAAUUGUAUCCUCUACUCAGUCACCAAACCUUGUCAGUAAUAGCUCCUAUUUUGCUCAAGUCGCUCUCUGUGAAGCUCCCGGAUGGGAUGUCCCGGUGAAGCUUUAAACUUGUGUGCGAAAUUCUCAGAGUUCCUAUUUUUGUCCGUGUCUUCUUUAUCCUCAGUAUCCGAAAUUUAGACCUCCAAAGUGCCGUGUGUUGCAUUAAAUAGAAGGAAAUAUUUAAAGGAAAAGCCAGUUUUCUAACAUGGCAAAGUUGUCACGUCCCUCGCUCAUGGACGUGCCACACAUCAGGAUUCAUCUGCCAUUCAUCGGCAACUGAGUUGUUCGCUUCACUGACUAUGACGGCUUACAAUCAAGUCCUCAGCCAUAGUGUCGUCAACUGGUGAAAUAAUUUGCUCAUAAAUUGUGCUUCUUAAUUGCUCAUAUACUACAUCGAUCGAUAGUUCACGAAGCGGCUACGGCGUUCCAAACCUGACGCUCACAGUCAUCUUUUCAGUCUUUUAGUGUGAACCUACUGUGAACGGCGUAUCGGUUUCCCAGCGCCAACAUCAUAUAACUGACUUAAACUCGAACAAUAAAAAAAUUAUAGAGUGACUCCCAUGAUCGAAUCGCUUCGAACAACGCAAAUAGCCUUCUUCAGGUUCGCAACGCCUUGUGGGUUUUUCAGGGGGAGCGCAGACGAGGUACAAAAAGUAUCCGUGUAAGGCUCCGUGCAAGAGAAACUCAUAUGAAACCAUUUGUGAGAACAUCGUUUCUCGGUACCAGACCCUCGUGUCUUUCCUCCCCCGGAGACCACUUUUCGACACCGACGACCGAAAGCCCAUUUUAUGACUGGGCCGUACAGGCAGCCCAGUAAUAAUAACGUGCAAGCAUGAACUGCUUGUGGACAUCGUGAGAACUGCUUUGUGGUUACUGUUGACAUUUAGUCCCUCUGUUGCGUUUUUCUUAAUGUUGACGUUAUUGUUCCUUUGAUAAAGUCGUUUUAUCAAAUUCAAGGAUAUGUUGAAAAACAUUGCCAAUUAAAUGUAAAUUGUGGUGCUCAAAAGUGAUUCAAAGUGUAAAAUGUUCGCAAAGUCGCGAAUGAAUAAACAUGGAGCGAACAUUUCAUGUAAUAAGGUAAAUGGUAUUCGCUCAGUGUUAUAACGAUCAGAUAUAUUUCCUUUGUGGCUGGCAUGGGUUGUGCCAAGACCCUUGAGCUUCCGAGUAGGCGAUAACUUUCAAAUGACUUAACCUUUAUUUGCAGAGUCAAAGGAGUAUAACUUAAGAGUGAAAUCUAGGGUAUUCAAACAUUCAAGUAUGGUAAAGUUUCCCAUACAGCUGUAAACUUAUAAUGAAUAUCUUUCGUCAAGUUCUUUGUUACAAAAGAUUUACUCAGCUUUCUCAAUACUGGCUUGAGAGAAACAGUUAUCUCUAAUGAUCAGUUCGAAAGAGGAGGAAAAAAGUUAGAUUUCAGACUUUUAUGCGCCGGCCACCUGCAAACAGCUGCGGUAACUUCCAAGUUAAAGAAGUCGUUUAGAAUCAAAACCUUUUAGAGGCACACGAAAGAGGCUCUGAGCAAGGGAAAUUUUGGUUCUUAGCAAAAGGGGUGUCUAAGAACAGGCAGGAUAGGUCCAUCUUGCCCAAUCGAGCCAUUUGCCUUAUGUGCCGCAGGCAUUUUUAUUGACUUCAUGUUGAAAUGAGAGUAAAUAAAGAAUUCACGAGUCAGAGUAAGAAUUUCAAUUUAAGUGGAUAAGAGAUCUAAUUUGUGUCAAAAUGAUGUAUUUCUAGGACUGAAUCAAUAGGGCUGAGACGUACCACGAAAAAGGAGCCACCUUUGAUGAUGUAAGUAUUCAGGUAACUAGUCAUAAGAAAAUAAGUAACGUGUAAUUAUAGGUUUGUGAUCCUUUGCUAUUAAACUGGUUAACUUUGCACGAGCAGUACGAGGCCUCGUCCUCUUGUUUAUAAGUUCAGGUGAGUGUUUUCACAAAGGAUAUUAACAAUCUAAGAAACAAAAACUUAAUUGGAUUGGCCCGCGAUAGUUUGCCCCACUUACAGCACUUCCCAUUUUUGCUCGGGCUUUUCCAAAGGAACGACCGAGCAGAAAAAUGUGAACGGUUUUUUGUUAUAGGGGAAAUUGGAAGAGUACAAUUAUGUACAAUGAAUUCUUGAAGAAUCUGCAGCCUAAAAAGAGUAGAAGAAACUAAAAUGUGUAUGGCUGUGAUUUCUUAGGUAAAGUUUGUUCAUUUGAAAUUUUUACACACAAGCCUGAGCUCACGCAGUGCGUCUAGUCUAAUAUCGAGUAGCUCUCCAAUUUAUUUUGAAUAUACCAGGAUAAUCAGAACCAAAUCCGCUUAAGCUUUGUUUUUUUAAAUACCCCAACCCCUUUGCCAUUUCUCAGUCGUUUCACCGCUAAAAUUGAUCUGCAAAUCGGUUGCAUGAUAAAAUGCCAGUUUUCCUUGGAAAAUCUUACAUUAACAUGCCUCGGUAAAGUUGUCUCGUGCAACGGGCAGUUCUUAUUUCAACAAACAGCGAUUUGACGAUGUUAACAUCGCUGAUGGGAAAACGUUCGCGAAGCCUGAACUUCAGAACAUUAAUUAUACAUACAGAUCUAUCUACACACUGCAGAUCUUUUUUGUUUAUACUUGUGAGGAAAGCUGAUCUGCACCACUAAUUUCAUUAAUUUUCUCUUGUCGUUGCAGUUCUGCGGAAUGAAAGUUCCAAGGAUCCAAGGCAGAAGGAAGGGACGACAGGCUUUUCGUAGCCUUUUCGUAGCCAAUGUUAAGUUAAAAUAGCCAGCAGACACAGUGUGUUUGUUAGAAGGAAAGUAGCUAGCAGACGCUGUGUGUUUAUUAGGAGGGGUUGGAGGGGCAUUUUUGCUUGCAUCUUUCAGGUGUGGGAUAUAAAGUCACACAAAAUUCACAUUGUUUCUCGUCAAACCCUUUUUUAACAAUUCUUGCGACCUUUUUUCUCGAAACAACGAAACUGAAGAUACCAACAUGCUUUUUUUCUUUGAAACCUCGGUUUUAUUUAAGUAAAACUCCACAUAUAAGAAACUAGAUUUUUUUUCAAGUCAGCCUGAACAGGGUCUUAUAAUCUAUGGUGAUGCUAAUGCGGCUUACAAUGAGUUCCUACAAAAAUAUACUGAAUUUUAUAACAAGAGUUUUCCGAGAAAGUUUUGUCAAGGGAAAUAUCUAAAUACUCUGCAUAAUCCGUUGCUUACAACUGGAAUCUUGAAAUCUAUUAAAACAAAGUCUAGGCUGUAUAAUGUAUUCUUACUUAAGGAAACCAGGUCAUGAGCGUGAAUACAUCUAUAAGUCAUUUAGAAAUAAGCUAACUUGUCUUGUUCGUGUCGCCAGGAAAAAUUAUUAUGACAACAAAAUGGAUAAGGCUAGAUCUAACUUAAAGCAAACAUGGAAAAUUCUCAAUGAAGUGAUCAACAGGCGUGUAGCUAAAUCACUAUGUCCAGGAAGCUUCACCAAAAAUGGAAUGGAAAUUAGCAAUUCGAAGCAAUCCUACUGA